AGAUCUUGGACUUUCCAUUCUCAUCAUUUUUAUGUCAAUCCAUUUGUAGAAACGUCGACCCUCCCUUUUCUACGCAUUACCAGACAAUGAUCAUUACUCCCAUCAGACGAGGGCGUAUCCCUUAAACAUAAGGCCUUGUGCCUCUCCCUAUUAUACGGACUUGUAUUGAAUUCACGGUCAUAGCCUAUCAUGGGUGUGACCGGUCUAUGGACAGUUGUUCAGCCAUGCGCCCGACCGACGAACCUCGCGACUCUAAAUCGCAAGCGACUCGCAGUUGAUGCCUCAAUCUGGAUAUAUCAAUUUCUUAAAGCUGUGCGCGACAAGGAAGGCAAUGCGUUGCGCAACUCGCAUGUCGUCGGUUUCUUCCGUCGCAUAUGCAAGCUUCUGUGGUUUGGUAUUCAACCAGUAUUCGUCUUCGACGGUGGCGCACCAAUUCUAAAGAGACAGACGAUUCGGAAUCGAAAGCGAAGACGCGAAGGCCGUCGUGAAGACGCCGUUCGAACGGCUGGUAAACUGCUAGCGGUGCAAAUGCAGCGCAUUGCGGAAGAAGACCAUGAUCGCAGGCGGAGAGAUCGAGAACGUGAUAUAUCUGCCCGGGAAGAGCAGCAACAAGAAGUGAUUCCUGAUGCCAGUCAACUUGUUUACGAUGACGAAGCUCUCCUAUCUCAAAAUGAGAGACAGAAGGGAAGAACAUUUCGAAAGCAGGAUGCCUACCAUCUCCCCGAUCUAGAUGGUGGCGGUAUCGCGGCAAUGGGAAAGCCAGAUGAUCCACGAAUCAUGAGUGUAGAAGAGCUGGAAGAAUACGCGCGCCAGUUCCAUGACGGUGAAGAUAUCAACCUUUACGACUUCAGCAAGAUCGAUUUUGAUGGCGAAUUCUUCAAGAGUCUUCCAGCUCCCGAUCGAUACAAUAUUCUGAAUGCAGCAAGACUCAGGAGUCGACUGAGAAUGGGUCUCAGCAAGGAGCAGCUGGAAGAAAUGUUCCCAGAUCGCAUGGCCUUCUCCAAGUUCCAGAUCGAAAGGGUCAAGGAACGUAAUCACCUCACUCAACGUCUCAUGUAUGAAGUCGGCAUGACUGGCACCGACCUGACACUCGGGGUAAAUGCACGAGUUGCUGGCGAAAAGAACAGAGAGUACAUCCUUGUAAAGAAUGAGGGUGCUGAGGGAGGAUGGGCUUUGGGUGUGGUCAGCAGAGACAAGGACGUUGGAGAGGCACAUAAACCUAUCGACGUGGAUGCCAUUCAAGUUCAAUACCAAUCCAAGGAAGAUGAGGAGGAAGAGGAGGAAGAUUUUGAAGACGUUCCUAUAGAGGGUCUCAACCGACUCCCGAAACCUUCUCCAGCACAGGUUGCUAGCUACCAAGCAGCCCAGGAUAUAGCGGCACGACGGCGGCUAAUAUAUGGUAAACAUCGUCAAGAGUCCUCCCCACAGGGCGAGGAGUCACUCUUCGUAGGCGGGAAUAUCGGGAAUACAGAUGUGCUGUUUGAACAACCACCCGAAGAAGCGCUUCACGACGACGAAGAGGAUGACCUCAACCGCGCAAUAGCUAUGUCACUACAAAAUCAACAUGGAGUUGGACAAGAGUCAGAUCAUGAGGAGGAGUUCGAGGACGUUCCCAUGGAAGCUCCUAAAUGGACACAAAAGUCGGUUGACGCACAGAAGCCCAUCACAGCCAAAGGAGGCUCUAUGAUUGCUCAUAUUGUUAAUAAUAGAGCAAGCGCUGCGGUGCCCAGGCGCCAAGAGCGUGAUACCGCUGCCGAUAGCGACAGCGACGAAGAUAUGCAGACAAUGCUUGCAAAAGCCAGGAUGAAAAAGAAGCCUCAGCCAAAACCAAAGUUUGUACCCGUCGUUGAGAACAAGAAAAACCCAUUUGAUGGCCCGCUGCCGUUCCCGAAACUUGACUGGGGCUCGUCACUAUUUGGAAAGAAGAAAGCCCCAGAAGCUAAACCAAACAAGAAAUCUGAAGUUGCGGAUGAAAACCCAACUGUUCUCAAUGACGAAGAGGACGACAUGGCUGGUGGGUUUGAGAGAGAACUGCAGGAUGAGAAUGCACCCAGACCCUUGCCGCCAUGGUUAACUGAUGACACCGAUAUCCGGGAGUCGCUCAAGAAGCAGCAAGAAACAGAGCGUGAGAUCAAUAACGCAGACAGGCAGGCAGCUGAAGAAGAGGAGCGACUUUAUCGCCGCAAGAUGCAAGAUCAGCUGAUCCACAUCGACUCUUCCUCAGAUGAUGAUAGUGAUGUCGAGGUUUUGGAAAAAGCGCCAUCACCAAAGACGCCUGCCCAGAAAGAGCCCGCUACCAUUGACGUGGAAGAUGAGACCGAGAAGAUCAAGGAAGCGUCUCUUCAAAACGAAGAGUCAGAAUCGACAGAAAAAGCUUCAACUCUAACGCAUGAGCGGGAGGAUGCCCUUGAACAAGUUGCAGACAAGGCCGAGGAGCCGUCACCUGAAGCAGAGGCUCAAGGGCUUGCAGAUCGCACAGUUGAAGAACCAACUGCACACUCAGCACAAGAAGAUGGGGAUGAGCCUCAAGAAUCAGAAUCACCCGAGCCAGAAUUUGAAGAUGUGGUACCCACCAAUGUUGUGACCGAGGCCGCGGCAGAAAAGAGUCCUACGCCUAUCUUUGAGGAGCUUCCUUCCAUCGGUGUGCCAGCAGUGGAAGGAACCCAAGAACUGGAUAUCGACGACGACGGGCUUUUCGACGACGUAGAGUACGAUGAAUUCAGUGAUCCUGGUGACGAAGAGCUUAUGGCACAAAUGGCCGAGGAAGCCGAAGAGCAUGCCCGUUUCGCUAGUGAGCUCAAUAACAAAACGGCCGAGCAAAACAAAGAGGACUAUGAAAGAGAACUGCGCGCCCUACGAAAUCAACAGAAGAAAGACCGUCGAGAUGCAGAUGAGGUCACUCAAGUGAUGAUCACUGAGUGCCAGGCUCUCCUUCGUCUAUUUGGUAUUCCUUACAUCACCGCCCCUAUGGAAGCUGAAGCUCAGUGUGCCGAGCUCGUCCGUCUAGGACUUGUCGAUGGUAUUGUGACUGAUGAUUCGGAUACCUUCUUGUUCGGUGGCACACGAGUGUACAAGAACAUGUUUAAUAGCAACAAGUUUGUUGAGUGCUACUUGGUGGGCGACAUCGAGAAGGAGCUCUCUCUGUCUCGAGAGCAACUUAUCUCUCUUGCACAUCUGCUGGGCUCUGAUUACACUGAAGGAUUACCAGGUGUCGGUCCCGUUACAGCUGUUGAGAUUCUCUCUGAGUUUCCUGGCAAGUCUGGACUAGAGAACUUUCGCGAAUGGUGGAGAUCGGUGCAAUCGCAGACACGCCCUAAGGACGCUGAUGUCUCGACGCCUUUUCGCAAGAAGUUUCGCAAAUCUCAAGGCACCAAACUCUUCUUACCGCCAGGCUUUCCUAACCCGGCGGUUUAUGAUGCGUACCUACAUCCAGAGGUUGAUGACAGCAAUGAGAAUUUCCAGUGGGGUGUGCCAGACGUAGAGGGACUACGGCAGUUUUUGAUGGCUACCAUUGGCUGGAGCAAAGAACGUACGGACGAGGUCCUCGUACCAGUCAUCAAAGAUAUGAAUAAGCGAGACCGCGAAGGCACACAGAGCAACAUCACCAGAUUCUUUGGUGGUAGUGUUGGAGUUGGAGCUAAGGAGGCAUUUGCACCAAGACAGAAAGCCCAGGGAAGCAAACGUAUGGCUGCAGCGGUAGAUCGUCUGCGAGCAAAUGUUGCAGGCGAGGAACCAAGGGGCGCUGAGAAUGGAGGAAAGCGAAAAAGAGCAUCAAGGAGGAACGCAGCUGCUCCGGUGGAUGAAGAGGAAUAUGCUGAAGAAGUUGGCGACGAAGGAGAUGAAGAGUCCACAAGCAGAGGCCGUGGCAAAGGUAAGAGAGCCAGAGCAUCAUAGACGAUGAUGGAUCUAUACCAAAGUAUUUAGAUUAUUUGAUCAUAAAUAAGGCUAUUUUGAAAUACUACAA